GCAUCUUCACCAGGUUGCCGCAGAUCUCAUGGAAGCGUUGCUGCUGCUCCGUGGUCCUGUAACACACACACACCAUUUUGAAGGAGCAGCUGGAGGAGGCAACGCGAGCAUGGCGUCUCCACUCACCACUUGUUGGAGCCAAAAACCCUGGGAGCCAGCAUCGGCACCAGGUAGUCCGCCAGACACAGCAGCAUGACGGUGCUGGACAGCCCCGUCAGCACCGAUGGGUCCAGAUAGCAAAUGAGCCUGGGAGAUGAGGAGGCUAGUCAGGCUGAGUCAGACCCCAUGCGGCCCACCCCACCAACCUCUGCCACGAAGGCGGGACUCACAGGAAGAGCACGCUGGUGGCGCCCACGAGGGCUGCGGGGAACCACGCCUUCUCCCAGCGUAAGACGCGGUCCCCCGCCAGGAUCACCUCCCCCCACGCCUGAAGCUGCUCCUCAAGCUGGGCCGUCUCCUGAGCCUGCACGCCAUAUCGCCAUUGUACGUUAAUGUGACACCAUAUGACAUCCUGCUACGAUACACCGAAUCUUCCUGUUGUGCCGCAAGCACCCCGGAAACGGGCGGAUCGAUCGGAAACUACUGCAGAAUGUAUCGCGACGGCUAACCGCUUCGCAUGUUAGCUAGGUUAGCUAGCUAGCUAGCGCGCUUACUGCGUUUGUUAGCGUCACGGUCCAGCGGCAGCGAGGUAAAGCGUUGCUGAGCAGACGGCAUCUUAAACGCCAAACACAGAAACAAUAGGAAAGACUCGUCUGUUUGCAAAUGGCGGGGCGGCUGAGCAGAGGCCAUCAAAAGCAACAAUAGCUCAAGCUAGCUUUCCACAUCCAAGAUGGUCAUACAAACCAGCAUGUUCGCGCUUUUGUUGUCACAUUCGACCAUCGCUGCCCGGCUAAAGUGACACCGUCGUCUGGAUCAAAUGCGUGAUUCUCUAUGAAGCAGCUUCGACCAGGCCCAAUCGGCUCCCCAGACGAGCCUCCGUAGCACUAACGGUUGAAGUGACAGGAUGUUUUUAUCCCGCACUGCUGCGUUCCAGUACACAUGACGUUGUAGGAAUUGUGUAUAUGGGGCAUUCCAAAUUACCUUUAUUCAUAAGCACACACGGAUUUAAACAUGCUCAUAUGCUUAUAUUUCUGUGUGUUAUAUGCCAUCUUAAUUUGGUGUAAAUUCUAUCUGGAGUAUACUGAACUACCGUAACAUCAGAUCAAACGCCUAAUUCCUUUUAGCACCUUGAACGCAUCUUUGCUUUCGAAGGCGGCUCUAUGACGUAAGAGUCACGUGAUGUCGUUUCGUCUCUCUUUCGUUUGAGACGGAGGAGCUAACACAGCCAACUCGCCCGCUUCUUUGUGACCAAACUUCUAAGAGAGAUCGAUUGUACGAACAAGGAUUAAAGAGCAGAUUCGUUUUAUUUGCUCUUCUCCUUCGGUGACGUUUCUCUUGGCUCCAGGAGGCAACAUCUGCCAACAGGCGACCUUACGAGGCGCCAUGUACAAUGGCAUAGGCCUGACCACUCCUCGGGGCAGCGGCACCAAUGGCUACGUGCAGCGGAACUUGUCCAGCCUGCGAGCGAAGCGGCCGCGAGAUGAACGCGGUGGCGAACGGGACGAGAAGGACCGGGAGAGGCUGGAGAGUCAGCUCAACAGGCAGCCCAACGCCGCCAUCCUGGAGCACCAGAGGAAGAGACAGCUGGAGGUGGAGUGCGCCAAGCUGCAGGACAUGAUGGAGGAGCAAGGGUACUCGGCGGAGGAGAUUGAGGAGAAGGUGAGCAGCUUUCGAAUGAUGCUGCAGGAACAGCAGGAGACGCCCGCCUCCGGUGACAAAGCCACCCUGACGGAAACUCACGCUCUGGCUGCCGCCAACCAGCAGAAGAACGAUCGUCUGCGGGCGGCCUUUGGGAUCUCCAGCGACUACGUGGACGGCUCGUCGUUUCAUGCCGACCGCAAGGAGAAGGAGAAGGAGAAACGAGAGCAGGAGCGUCUGGAGAAGGAGCGGCAGCAGCAGCAGUACACGUUGGUAGAAGACUCCGACGACUCGGAUUCCCCGCCAAAGAAACGCAGUCGCAAGAAGAAGAAGAAGAAGAACAAGAGAGCUGGCUCGCCGAGCCGCUCACCGUCUUCUCGCCGUGAGAAAAGAUCCAAGAAGAAGAAGAAGAAACGAGAACCUUCUCGGGACGAGCAGCAAGACGGUUCCUCAUACGAGAAGCAGAAGGCGUCCAAGCAUGAGAAGAAGAAAGGAGCGAGUAAAAGUCCUGCGAGGAAGGAGGUGGUGCGGCACAGGAGCGUCUCGUCCGCGUCGUCUCUCAGUCGCUCCCCUUCACCGUUGAGGUCUCGUCCGCACAAAGAGGACAACGCACGCAGACCGCCGUCUCCACACAGGAGAGCAGACCAGCAGCAGCAAAGACUACCUCCUGCAGGAGGUCACAAGAAGAAGAGAGAGAAGGACGCAGAGAGGACAAAGACCAAGACCUCCGUCACUAAAAGACGAGACUCCUCAUCUCCUUCUCCUCCCCGGGAGAGAAGCAGAGACGUGCAGAAGAGGAGGCGCUCCAGGAGCAAAGAGCCUGAAAAGAGGAGGCAAGCUAUGGAGGGGGAGCGGCGGAGAAGAUCCCCGAGCAAAGACGCAGAAAAGCAGGGAGGUGUAGAAAGUGGACAAGAGCCGAGGAACAGAGACGUGGACAGGAAGAGACGUUCAGGGAGCAGAGGAAAGACGUCUCCCCCCCGCAGGAUGAGACACGACUCCUCUUCUCCUUCUCCUCCUAAAGUGGACAGCAGGAGGAGAGGCAGCAGAGGUGUGGAACGCGAGGAGGACAGGAGCCUCAGGAAACAAGGAGACACAAAGAUAACACCUCCGCCUCCUCCCGAAAGGAGGACCAGAGGAGAAAGCAGGUCUCCUCCUCCGAGGACCAAUGACACGCCCCGCCUCCGCUCACCCCCCAGACAGGAAGAGGACACGAGGCGCAGAGCAGACGAGCGAGGGCGGGGCCUGGAAGGAAGCAGGAAGCCAAGCCAGGCGGCAGGAAGCAAGACGAGUGAAGGCGGGAGGAAGGAGACGCAAGGAGACAGAAGAAGGAAGCAGGUGGAGGACAGCAGCGGCAACUCCUCGUCUUCCUCCACCUCAUCCUCCUCCUCGUCUUCCUCCUCAUCUUCCUCCUCUGAGGAUGAGGACAAAGAAAAGAUUUCUUCGUCUGCAGUCGGGGCGGCCGUUCAACGCUACGCCAACGGACGCACGCGAAGCUCCGCCUCCCCCACAGCGACCCGGACACAGGCGGACGGCAGUGAGCGACGCCCCCACCCGGCACCUCUGCCCCCGCCUCCAAGACGCAGUCCCAGUUCACCCCCCGGCCCCCGCCGAACUGGACCUGAUAGGCUGGUCAUGUUUGACCAGACCAGAAGGGCCGCCAAGUCGACUUCCUCAAGCAGGAGGUCACGCUCCCCCCCGACCCGUGCCACCCCACCCAAACAGUACCAGGACCCACUUCCACACCCCAGGAGAACCAGUCCUUCUCAUGACAGGGACCGAGAUCGGCAGAGGGACAGAGGACUGGAGCGUGCUUCCAGACGCAGUAGUUCCAGGACCAGGAGCCCGAUGAGGAUCAAUGGAUCAAGGAACCGGAGCCCCAGGAGGCGCAGCGGAUCAAGGAACCGGAGCCCCAGGAGGCGCAGCGCUUCCAGGAACCGGAGCCCCAGGAGGCGCAGCGCUUCCAGGAACCGGAGCCCCAGGAGGCGCAGCGCUUCCAGGAACCGAAGCCCCAGGAGGCGCAGCGCUUCCAGGAACCGAAGUCCCAGGAGGCGCAGCGCUUCCAGGAACCGAAGUCCCAGGAGGCGCAGCGCUUCCAGGAACCGAAGCCCCAGGAGGCGCAGCGCUUCCAGGAACCGAAGCCCCAGGAGGCGCAGCAGUUCCAGGAACCGGAGCCCCAGGAGGCGCAGCAGUUCCAGGAACCGGAGCCCCAGGAGGCGCAGCGCUUCCAGGAACCGGAGCCCCAGGAGGAGCCCUGUUGUCAGGUGCCGCCGCCCUCCUUCACCGCCACGCAGGAGGCGGAGCAGCGGCUCGCCUUCGCCUCCGCUCAAGAAGCAAAUCCCUCGACCUCCGUCGCCGGGGACGAGGGGCUGCAGAGACAGGGAGGGUCUGAGCGAGGCGGUCAAAGAGCGAGGGAGAGAGAAGGACCGCGCCCCUGUGAAAGACACCCGUCAGCUCGGCAGAUCUUCAUCCUCGUCUUCAUCAUCUUCCUCCAGCUCCUCCACUUCCUCCUCCUCCUCAUCCUCCCCUCCGCCUGUCCACAGCAGACAAAAACAUGAUGUGACAGAAGACAAGGAGGGCAAAAGGCGAGAAGGCGGGAUGCAGAAAAGUGGCUCCGCCUCCUCGUCCGUUCCUUGCAGAGACGCCGCUGUGACCUCCAGGUCGCCGGCUGGCGGCCAAUCACAGCACAAGGACUCCUCACGUGCUCCCAAGCCGCCGCCUCAGGAAGCGCAAGUGGAGCGUGCACUCAACGGGAAGGAGGAGAAGAAACAAAGCAGCAGCUCCUCUUCAUCCUCAUCUUCCUCCUCCUCCUCCUCCUCAUCUUCCUCCUCCUCCUCCUCAGACAGCUCUGACUCUGAGGACCAAGCAAGGAAAGAAAGGAAAGGGAGCGACAAAGCUCAGCCUUCGCGCUCCUCUUCCUCUUCUGAGACGGACCACAAGACGACGACGACGAAGAAGAGGAGGCUGCCGGCCGACUCGCUACGAGACUCCCGCUCGCUCAGUUACUCUCCUCCACGACAUAUGCGAGGAGCGCCCGCCAACCGGAGCCGCAGGUCAGGUGACGAUCGCCAGGCCGCACGUCGGGCAGCAGCAGGAGGAAAUGAGCCCUUGAGACGUGUGUGGGUCAUGUGACCGUCUUGUGACCUUGUGUAGUUGGAUGUAGUGACGUUCUUUCUUCAAGCUUCCUAAGAAGAAUAAAGAUAAUUGUACAUUUUA